ACGAUAAAAUCAUUUAGCAGCAGUAAGUGGUGCAGUUCGGAGGUUCGUGAAAGUACGAAGAGUCUCGUCGUAAAGUGUUGUAGACCCGCUGUAGAUCCAGCGUUCGAAUAUUAACCGCUCUCAAGUUUCGAAGAAACGUAACAUUUCGUGUAACUUUUUGUAAACGUGAUUUGAACUGUGACUUUCCUGUUGCGGUAAUUCCCGUGAAACAAUUAAAAAAAAUGGCUCAACUGGUGAAAUUUUUUUCCUUCGCGAUCGUAGUCCUGCUACUGCUCAACAGUAGCUUCGGAUCUACGUUGCCUUCGGACAUCUUCCAGGACGCAGCUCGAGUUCCACGUUCUACCGACGCGGAAGAAAUCUGCUAUGAAGAUACCCCUUGCGGCUGGGCAAUUUAUGAUGCAAAGAACGUCAAGCCUGAUUCCCGAAGGAUCCUGCGUUACGAGAGAAACACCUGCGUGUGCCCCCAUGAUUUGCAGUGUAUUCGCCUCGACGAUGACUUGCAAGCCCGGGCAUACGUUUACCGGUGCCGGAAGCUAACCAGCUAGACUGUUUCUCCCACCUGAGUUUUAUCAGACUACGUCCCCUCCUGAACUGUUUUACGGACAAACAAUUUAACCGUAUUUUAUCAUUAACAUCAAUGGUUUUCUAAAGGAUAAGACAUUCUGCAGAUGUCAUCAGAAGCAAGCAAAAAAUUGCACUCUUGUACCGGUACAAAAAAACACAACUAGAUGGCGCCAUAGACUAGGACAGUUUAUGUUCUACGAUAACCACUUUCGCUAUUAUAUCCUUUGUUUUUGUUAAUUUUAAUACCAACAAUGUUCCUGACACAUAACCAUGUUUCACUUUGUUAUUUUUUGUAUCUCAACUCUUGUAGUUUUAUGUUUGAUUAACAUAAAUUUCCCAUGUAAUACGAUAUUAA